GUUGGCUCGGUGUUAUCGACUUUGAUUACUCUCCCCUAAACUAGGUAGGGCCUUGCCUUUGCUGAGAGUCCGGCUCACAUUUUACUACGUUAUCUCGUCCCCCUUUCGCUCUUCUAGGUCCACAUUAUAAUUGAUAACCAUGGCAGACGACGAAUUAGAGACAAUUAGGCGGCAAAGAAUGGCGGAACUACAGGCAAAGCACGGGGAUGCUUCAAAAAAUCCGCAGCAAGGAGAGGAGGCCAAACAAAGAGAAACAGACAUGAGGAACUCUAUAUUGGCUCAAGUUCUCGAACAGUCCGCCCGGGCCAGAUUGAGCAAUCUUGCUUUGGUGAAGCCAGAGAAGGCCAAUGCAGUUGAAAACUACCUCAUUCAAAUGGCUCGUUUUGGGUCUUUGGGAGGAAAGAUUUCGGAGUCUGGCUUGAUCGAGAUUCUAGAAAAAGUCAGUCAGCAAACAGAUAAGAAGACAACGGUCAAAUUCAACAGGCGGAGGGUGAUGGACUCUGAUGAUGAUGAGGAUGAUUACUAACUUUAAAUGGGAACAGUGGAAGAAGCCAAGAAAUCUGGAGAGGAUAUGCUUCACUGAGACUCUGAUACCAUCUUUGACCUGUUACCUGAAUCCUGGGAUGCCACACAAACUUCUGUGUGUCUCUGGAAACUACAUUACCAGGAGGGACGAACAAAGUGGAGUUGACAUUGUGGCAUGAGAAUUGGGGGGGUACAAUACUCACAGUGUCAAAUAAGGUGCUCUUUUGUGAUCUCUUUUAAAUGAAAUUGCUACAAAUUUGCGCUGCUUGUGUCGUACCCCUGACGGCUCAUGGCACUGUUUGACUCCUCUAGUAUCCUCUCUGUAGUAGCUCUUCUUUUCCUUUUAUUUUUACCAUGUUUGACUUCUAUUGUUUAAUCAGAAGAAGCUAGAUAAAAUACAAAACACAGGUUCUGUGAAUACAAAACAUUGUUCUGCAUUUAGGGCCAGCAUCCAAUUAACUUUGGAUGUUGCACUUGGAUAUUUUCUUUUUGCUGACAUGUAUGUUAAAGGUUUACAUAAAAAAAUAUUAAAAAGCCUUAAAUUCAAA